GGGUCCCGGUGGCCCCAUUUGGGGUGUCCCGGUGCCCCCUUUGGGGGUCCCUGUGCCCCCCUGACCCCCGUGCCCCCUGGCAGCUGCUGCCCAAGCACUGCGCCGCCACCAUCAGCAGAGCCCGAGGGAAGAAACCCCCGAAACAGCCCCCCAAGAAGGGGGAGCCCCAGAGGGACAAACCGGGCACCGAGAGCCGGCGCAGGGACAGGACCCUCACCACAAACCUGGACAAGCUGCACAUGACCCUGUGUGAGCUGUCCCUGAGCCUGAGCCACGUCCCCACUGUCACCGUGUUCGGGCACACGCUGAGCCCCACCGAGUACCUGAGCAGCCACCUGGAGACCCGACUCACCAG